GAAAUGAAUCUGAUCUCCAAAGAAAACGAGAAAGACCCGUAUCUUGGAAUUAUCUUUCUAACGCUUCCUUACCAGUUCUUAAAAAAAACUAUGUCCCAGUAUCAAAAAAAAAAAAAGAAGAAGGGAUUGUACAAAUUCUUUGUGGUAAGAGCAGAUAGAGACAGAACACGGAGAAAACUAGACUAGUGUGUGUGUUUGUGUGAAGCUUUCUUUCUCAGUGUUUGUUGUGUGGGACCUUUUGAAACCGCGUCAGUGACGAGGAACCCCUAAAAUCUCUCAUUGUAAUCUAUUGUUUUGCUUGAGUGCUUCUAACUUAAAACAAAGA